GUAGCGGAAGUGACGCGAGGCGUAGCGGAAGUCCCUGCAGCCGUGGUGUUGUGCUGUGGGGAAGAGAGACGGAUUUGUAAACCCCGGAGCGAGGUUCUGCCUACCCGAGGCCGCUGCUGUGCGGAGACCCCCGGGCGAAGCCACCGUCGCCAUGUCUGACCAGGAGGCAAAACCUUCAACUGAGGACUUGGGGGAUAAGAAGGAAGGAGAAUACAUUAAACUCAAAGUCAUUGGACAGGAUAGCAGUGAGAUUCACUUCAAAGUGAAAAUGACAACACAUCUCAAGAAACUCAAAGAAUCAUACUGUCAAAGACAGGGAGUUCCAAUGAAUUCACUCAGGUUUCUCUUUGAAGGUCAAAGAAUUGCUGAUAAUCAUACUCCAAAAGAACUGGGAAUGGAGGAAGAAGAUGUGAUUGAAGUUUAUCAGGAACAAACGGGGGGUCAUUCAACAGUUUAGAUAUUCUUUUAAUUUUUUUCUUUUCCCUCAAUCCUUUUUUAUUUUUAAAAAUAGUUCUUUUGUAAUGUGGUGUUCAAAACAGAAUUGAAAACUGGCACCCCAUCUCUUUAAAACAUCUGGUAAUUUGAAUUCUAGUGCUCAUUAUUCAUUAUCGUUUGUUUUCAUUGUGCUGAUUUUUGGUGAUCAAGCCUCAGUCCUCUUCAUAUUGCCCACUCCUUUUUAAAAAUUACAUGUGUGCACAGAGAGGCCACUGUUUUCAGGACUGUGCAUUUUCAGGCUUGUGAUAAAUAAGAUCGACCAAUGCAGGUGUUCAUAAUGACUUUCCAAUUGGCCCUGAAGUUCUAGCAUGUGAUUACUUCACUCCUGGACUGUGACUUUCAGUGGGAGAUGGAAGUUUUUCAGAGAACUGAACUGUGGAAAAAUGACCUUUCCUUAACAUGAAGCUACUUUUCAAAUUUGAGGGUCUGGACCAAAAGAAGAGGAAUAUCCAAGGUGGAGUCAAGAUGACAGACAAGGUGAGAGUAAUGACUAACUCCAAAGAUGGCUUCACUGAAGAGAAGGCAUUUUAAGAUUUUUAAAAAAUCUUGUCAGAAGAUCCCAGAAAAGUUCUAAUUUUCAUUAGCAAUCAAUAAAGUUAUUCAUGCAGAAGUGUAUACAAUAGAACACUGCUCUUUUUGAUUUUAUUUGUACUUUUUGGCCUGGGAUAUGGGUUUUAAAUGGACAUUGUCUGUACCAGCUUCAUUAAAAUAAACAAUAUUUGUAAAAAUCA